GCAGAAUGCGGAGGUUGCCUUGUGACUAAAGCUAGAGAAUGCAAAAUACGCUGAGUUUGUUCUUUUUCAUCUCGCUUUCCACUGGAUUUGAUUGGCCAGACAAUGUGACUCAACACAUUGGUUACAUUACUGUUAAUGAAACUCAUGGUGGAAAUCUGUUUUAUUGGCUGAUCGGAAGUCGUGGAGAUCCUCAAAAGGAUCCUCUGGUUGUAUGGUUGAGUGGAGGACCCGGAUGUUCUAGCAUGUUGGCCUUGUUCAAUGAGAAUGGACCUUUCCUAAUCAAUAACAAAACCAAGGAACCAGUGUAUAACCCUUAUGGUUGGAAUUCUCAUGCCAAUCUUCUUUACAUUGACCAACCUGUUGGAUCUGGAUUCUCAUAUGUCACUCAUUCACAUCUCUACGUUUUCAAUGAGAAAGAGGUUGCAUCUGAUCUGCUGACGUUUAUGAAUUUAUUUUACGAGAAAUUCCCCGAAUACAAUCAACAUGAUUUGUACAUCUUUGGAGAGAGUUAUGCUGGACAUUAUAUACCCGCAACAGUGGCAGUGAUACUCAAGAGCAACUCAAUUGCAGCUCGAAAUCUAAGAGGAAUUGGUAUUGGCGAUGGUCUCGUUGUUCCCGCUGUACAGUAUCAUUCAUAUGGAGAGUAUAUGUACAGUCAGGAGUUUAUUUCAGAGGCUACAUAUGCAGCUGUCAAUGUGACGUCUGAUGUCUGUACAGGCCUUAUUGACUCAAACGUGUGGAUUCUUGCUUAUGAGGAAUGUAAAAUAUUGAUGGAAGAAGUGCUUAAAGCAGCUGAGAUUAAAAUGAAACGAAGUAUCAAUCCCUAUGAUAUUCGCAUCCCGUGUGAGGACGUACCUGGCUGCUACAACUUUGAUCAUAUCACAACAUUUCUAAAUCGAAAAGAUGUUCAGGAGGCUAUCGGUGUCAAUCGAACGUGGAAGGAGUGCAACAAGAAAGUUCACUUUUUUAUGCUGGAUGACUGGAUUACUUCAUUUCAAAGUGACGUCGUCAAAUCUUUGUCUGCUGGCGUUCGAGUGUUGGUCUACCAUGGCAAAUACGAUUAUGUCGGCAACUACAUCGGUGGCCACGAGUGGACAUCCAGAAUGAAAUGGCACGGACAAACCGAUUUUAACAAGGCAAAUACAACAGUUUGGACAGUCGAUGGAACACCGGCCGGUACAGUCCAAACGGCUGCUGGUUUGACUUUUCUUGCUGUUGACAAUGCUGGACACAUGGUGCCAAUGGAUCAGCCAAAGAACUCGCUCAACAUGCUGGAACGAUUCCUCACCGAUCGGCUCUUCUAAGUCACUUAUGAACUCAACGCUUGAAUUAAUUCACACACUUGCUUAAGCAAGCA